AUGGCUCCCGGACAAGCAGGUACCAAGCGCAAACGCGGUCGGCCACCCACCGGCGCGUCUCACGCGUCUCAGAGAGACGCUCCCAACCCCGAUGCCACUGGCGAUGCCAACGCCGGCGACGAGGAGGUAGCCCGCCCCCGGAAGCGUGGGCGGCCGUCCAAAACCCAAUUACAACAAGAAGAGGCACCUGCCAGCCCCCCGAGGGCCACCAACUCGAAACAGCAGACCAAGGAAAAGGCACCACGGAGAAGAGGGGCAAAGGCAGCACCAAUCGAGGAGGAUGUCCCUGAGGAACAAGCACAGGAAAGCGGUCGCCGAGGCAGGAGGAAGGGUCGAAAUGAGCCAGAUCCCACAGCACAGGAAGAGGCCGUGGACGAGUCAACCGCGCGUGCUGUUCCUCCACCGGGCAAGAGGCGGCGAGGGAGACCUUCAGGGCAGCGUGAAUCGCUGGAUGCACAAGAUGAGCCUGCAACGAAGAGAAAACGCGGGCGUGCCCGAAAACAAAACACCCCACCACCAGAAGGCGAAGGAGAGGAAGAGGAAGCGGAGGAAUCACGGCACGAAGAGCAGGAAAGGCCGCCGUCCAGACGCAGUCCCUCUCGAGAGAGCUCCCCAUCAGAAUCCGACAGCGAGCUCCCCACCAAACCAUACCUCCACGUCGCCUCGUUCGUCCGCGGCAUCCGACAGUCGACGAUAGACGCCAAGUGGACUGCCCUCGCCGGCCCCUCCAUCGCAGCGGCAACAGAGACGCUGGAACUGGCCCACCGGCCCAUCCUCCAGCGCCUCUCCAACUCCGAGCAGCGUCGCCAGCACACCUCCUCGGCCCUCGCCGUCCUCUACAGGCGGAUCACGCGCAAGCUCCACAAGGGCCUCCCGUUCCCCCCCGCCGCCGCCAGCGCAGGCUCGCUGGUGGCCCGCCGACGCCGAGGCGGCGACGGGGGCCGCGAGCUCGAGCUGGAUUUCGAGCGGGUCCUGGACGCCUCGCAGUCCCUGGAGAGGCAGCUCGACCCGGCCCUCCACGCCGUCGGGCUGCUGAGGAAAGAGAAGGAGCGCCUGGAGCGGGAGCUCGAGCGCGACUACAAGACGCUCCAGAACCUCGAGGCCGGCGCGAGGGGCCAGUCGAGGCAGCAGCGGGAACAGCUCAAGAGAGCGCACGCUCUGACCCCCCACGCGACCACAUCCCGUGCGGGCGACGAUGUGGAGUUGGCCUUUGACGACGAGGGGCCCAUCCCCCCUGGUGCGUUGUUCAAGGAUUUGCAGGACGAAGAGGAGAUCAAAGAAUUGGCGCUUCAGCUUGGGGGCCACGUAGAGAGCAUCAAGGCAAACUUGCAGCAGACCGAGGGCCUACUCCCUCAGCUGAGUCUAAGUAAAGCUGCGGUGAGAGGAGUAUUGUAUCAACAUCUCACGCAGGCACAGUAUGAGAAAGUGCUGUUUGGCUAG